AUGUCUACAGUAACCUUCACCACAAUCCCUCUUGAAGAUGUUGAACACAACAUGUGUAAAAUGAUCUUCCAUUUAGUUCUAUUUCUUCUUGGUGCAGUUCUCUGCGGCAGGAUGAUCGUCAAUCUUUGGCAAGCUUCAAAGGAACUAUCACGUAAUAUCUGCAGUAGAUUUGCCCCAUUCCUCAAUUUUCUCCAUCUCGCAACAAAUAUAUUGGUAUGGUUUAACACUCUGACGGGUCUACGAGCAGAGGAAUCCACGUAUGGAGGAUUUUUAUUGAAACUAUUUCAACAUUUUCCAUAUGCUCUUCAGUGUUCCAAACAAUUAUGCUUAUUUUAUUUUCACGUCCAAUGGAGUAUAUCUGUUUUGUUGGUUAUUCAAAGAAUUAUAACAGUUAUUUGGUACCUCAACCCGGAAAAGUACAUGUGGAUAUGCGUUGGCGCAUUCAUGAUGCUUUCUUUCUACUGUGGAUGUGUUAGUGCGUAUUUAUUAGUGUUUCAAGAAACUGUUCAAAUAGUGCGUGUAGAAAAUGGAAAGCUGGUUGAAGAAACAAACAUUGCUGCUUUGGAUUUCACAAAGAAUUGGGUCUUCAUUUUGUCUGACGUGUAUAUGGUGGUCACUAUCAUUUCCACAGUUUGUCUGUUAAUUGCGUUAAAAGUCCAAAUACAAAAUACAAGCGAACAAACUCGUAAACUCAAAAACAAGAUGGCUAAAUCUGCAAUUUGGAAUGCGGGAUUGUAUAUUCCGAUAGUUUUAUGGAGUGCUGUUUACGCUAAAUAUAUACAUGACAGAUCAUCAUUUUUUGGCAAUUAUAACAUCUCCAUUUUACUCAUUUGUACAGACAUUUAUACUUUGUCGACACCGGUUGUUUCAUUUUUUCUCGGAUUGUCUUCACGUCCUCCGAACAAUCAGAAUACUACGAUGCCUCCAAAUCAAGUCAAACCCAGUGUCUCCCCUCAAAUCAACAAUUUUAUUUGA